CGCUCUCUCUCUCUCUCUCUCUCUCUCUUUGUGAUAGAGAGAGUUCCAUCGAAUCCAGACAGUCCACGCCGCGCAAUGUCGUCCACACAUCUCCGCCCCAUCUCCGCCGCCCUCCCUCUCCUCCUCCUCCUCCUCCUCAUCUCCGCCGUCGCAUCCCCUCUCCUCUCCUCCGCCCAGGCCCCGGCGGCGACCCCGUGGCCGCCCCAGUUCCACGCGGCCCUGUUCAUGAACAACUCGAAGGGGACGCUCCAGCUGGUGGACCUCUGGUACGACCUGCCCAACGGCCGGAACCUCAACGCCAUCCGGGACCAGCUCUCCCCCUCCGUCCUCCACGACGUCGAGUGGGACAACGGCACCUCCUACUACUACACCCUCGGCGACGGCGGGAGUUGCCAGACGAUGCACUUCCCGGUGGGGAUCCUGCGGCCCGACUGGCUGGACGGGGCGAGCUACCUGGGCCGGAGCCGGGAGGACGGGUUCCUGUGCGACGGGUGGGCGAAGGUGGACUUCAUCCGGUACUACGAGGACGUGGCCACCAAGAGGCCCGUCUUCUGGGCCUUCUUCAACGGGAUGACAGCUCAUGUGAUGACAUUUGAAGUGGGAGCUGUUCUGGAAGAUGCAGGGUGGCAAGCCCCUGCCCAUUGCUUCGGGAAGGAGGAAGGAGCGGAUGGUCCUAAACUCGCCGCGGCUUCCGGCGUUUCUCAUGGAUAUCCGAUGGCCGGACUCGGAGCAUUGGGACGUUCGAUGAGUUUGUGAACACGAGCGAGCGAGCUCUUGGUCGUGUAAUAAAAGUCAUAUUCCGCCGUGCCGAGAGAAAAAGAUUGCGUUUCGAUAAACGUUAGUCUGAACUGAACUAGUGUGGGCGUCAUCAAACUAUUGUCAUAUUGUUAUGGUGAGCAUUGGACCGUGAUGCUCUAGACACUGAUAAUGAAAGGUUGCUACGGUAUUGGAAUGAUCGCCGGAUUGGUAGAGUGCUCCAA